UCUAGAUUUUCCUACGGUUCGGUCUGAAAAAAAUUGAAAUGAAAUUUGUCUGCUCGGUAAAACUACGCAUACUGAGUGCCUGAAAUUGCAUUUUAAAAAUAGCCCACCACCACUACUUAUAGAAACAUAAAAACCAGAAAAUUUAAUUAUUAAGCUGUAAUAUAACAAAAUAUUAUUAAAACAUCAAUGAUAUAUUUAAGCUGAUUCAUAUAAAAUGUCGAAGAAACCCCGAGGGAGCAUUCAUAAAAUUCGAGAAUUCGAAUUGGAAAAGAUACAUUUGGUCGAUGAAUUUGAUAUUUUACAAAUUGUUGGCGAAGGAUGGUUUGGCAAAAUAUUAUUGGUCGAACAUCGGGCCUCUCAUACGGAAAUGGUUUUGAAAGCUGUGCCCAAGCCAUAUGUUUCGUUAAGAGACUUUUAUAGAGAAUUUCAUUAUGGCCUUCAUUUGGGCAUACAUCGUAAUAUUGUAACGACAUAUGAUGUGGCUUUUGAAACAGCCGGCUUUUAUGUUUUCACCCAAGAAUAUGCACCACUGGGUGAUCUAACUUCAAAUGUCACCGAUACCGGUGUUGGUGAAGUUUAUAGCAAGCGGGUGGCCAAACAAAUUGCUUCGGCUUUAGAUUAUAUGCAUUCAAAAGACAUAGUCCAUCGUGAUGUUAAACUGGAUAAUGUUUUGAUAUAUCGUUCCGAUUUUUCACGUGUUAAACUAUGCGAUUUCGGUGAAUCAUAUCAGUCUGGUACGGUGGUCGAAAGACGCAAUGAAUGGCUGCCCUAUAGUCCACCAGAAGUAUUAGAUAUAAAACCAGAGGGAACAUAUAAAGCCGAUCCCAGUCACGAUGUUUGGCAAUUUGCCAUUGUUAUAUUCGUAUGUCUGACAGGUUGUUUGCCCUGGCAAAAGGCAGCAUCCGAUGAUCCUCGUUAUGUACGCUAUUUAAUCUGGCAGAACAGCAUGAUGUUGGCUAUACGACGUACACCAAAACUAUUUAAAUUACUUUCAUCAAAGGCGCAACGUAUGUUCAAGAGAUUUUUAGAGCCGAGAGCAGACAAAAGACCGAAAAAUCUCACCGAUUUGACUAAGUAUCUGGACGAUCGUUGGUUGGCAAAGACUGCAGAAAAAGAAAUGGCCGAAUAUGAAACAGAUGAACUAUGUCCAUCUAUGUAUUCCUUUCAUAGUAGUCCAGAUGAAAAGAAUCGUUUGCUGUAUAAUUUGGCCGAUUGUGGCAUAGAGACAAAUGUUGAUAGACAUACUAAGAAAAUGCGUAUCAAAGAAUGGAUUGAGUCAUCGGUAAUAACAGAAGAAGAUGAGGAGGAACUAGAUGAAAACAAUUCAGCUUCAUCUCCCUCUUCGUCGGUAUCACGAGAACCUGUACGCGGACAUAUUUCAUCGUUGCGCACUCCUUCCACAGAAAAACCAAAAGAAAUAAAAACUACUCUUAAAGAUGCCAAUCAAAAGCAUUUUGAUCCUCGGACUGGAGUAGUGCAACAAGGUCCAAGUGAAAUGGGUGUCGUUGCUAGACCAAAAUCAGAAAGCCCCUUUUCGACAGCCAGUAACAUGUCCAUGAUGAAUAACAAUGAUAGUUUGGCCGGUAGUAUUCUAACAUUAGGCUCACGUCCCGAUUUAUUAGCAAGUAACAUGGAAAUCUAUAAUUCCACAAGUACAGAUCUAAAUCGUUUAGGUGAGCUUAAUGGUAGUCUCGACCAACUCUCCUAUCAAACGCUUAGCAAUAGUAAUUUAGUAUUAACAUCGGCGCAGGGUGGUGAUUAUGUGGCAACUCCACAACAACAAUUGGCAACAACUAAAAAUUCGAUUGGCGUUAAUACGGGACGUUCUCCUGUACCCAAUAAAAGUAUUUUACAACGUUCCAAAUCGGAUAACCUUAGAGCCGCCCUAUAUGCCAGUACUCCUACUUUAGAUAAUAAAAAUAGUUUUGGUUUGAAUACGUUAAAUAUGGGCGAUCAACAAUCUAACAAUAAUAACAACAAUAAAUCGGUUACUUUUAUGGGCUUGGCUAAUUCUUUUCAAACUUUGGCACCCAUCAUAAUGCCCGCAAAUCUUAAUCUUAAUAUGAAUAAUAACAAUAAUACUUCCAAUACUAAUGAAAUAUCAAACUCGCAAAAUUCGAAUCCCAAUCAACCACCAACGCCAAAUUAUCAAUAUAACAACAAUAAUAAUAAUAAUGCAAAAUCUCCUUACUAUGAUUCUCCAGUUAAAGACAGUGCUUAUGGUUCAUCCGAAAUUAAUAAUGAUGCUUACACCACCUAUCAUCCAACAUCGAAUGGUAAACUAAAUGGUAAUACCGCCUCAACCAUACGACAGAAUACGACGACGGUGCGAACUCAAAGUUCUCAACAACAGAGAGCCUAUACGGGUGCUUUAACAUCAAGUAUGAAAGAUACUGCGUACGAUCGACCAGCUCAAAUGAAUAAUUUAAGAAGAAAAUGAGUAAACUAAUUAUCGAUUACGAUAAUUUAAAGUCAAAUUAUAAUUAUCAUUAUAUUAAUAUUUUUAAUUAUGUAUUUUUAUUGUUAGUUUUUAAAUAAAGAUUUUUAAAAUAAACCUAGAAAACGGUAUU